CAAGCACAGAAAUAAAUGAAUGCCCGCUUUCUACGUCAGUCAGUGAAGGCAGUCACUGACGUAGAUUUUAAAAUACGUAUCUUAGUAAAUUCACUCAAUACAAUAAGGUUGCUUGGCCGCGUCCAGUAACUAGGAUAAAGGUUGUCAGGCGUUGAAAGUGAAACUACAUUUAAAAUUGUUUUGACGACUUGUAACUUCUUUCGAGGAGUUUCCAGCUUUGAAAACACUUCAACACAUUCCAGCUGUGAAGAAUCUACACAAAACUUAGACUAAACUUCUUCUGUCGUCUAAUUUGUAGAAUUUAUUUCACUGACAGAAACUAAGAAGGAUAAAAAAGAAAGAGAAAGAAACGUUUGAACUGUUUCCCGUUUCAUUUCCUUAUUUCCUCGCUGUUAACCUGAUUCCAUCAAAGUCUUUCUUCGCACUUGUCCGCUUUAUAAAUUCUUUCCUGACACAACUUAAGCGACGAGAUGGAAACAGACUGCCUUCGACAAAUGGUCAACUUGACAUUCAACUCUGAUGAAAAAAUAAAAUUUUACAGGAUAAAAGUUGAAGAAUUUCCAAACAUGCUGGAAGAAUGUUUUAACCUUAAAGUGAAUGCACUUAAGGCCAAGUUGCAAAAAGUUGAAAAUGCCUUAAGAAAUGAGAUUUUGCUUGAUUUACAAGAAGAAAUUUGCAACCAACAUGCUAAAGUCUUCCUCCUUUGGACUUUACAUGAGCAAAUAUUGGCCAAGGAAAUCUCCAUUGAAAUACUGGGAAAAGAUCCGGAUAACUUGUUGGCAUUAACAAACCAAGCGUUAAUGUUCGUGCAUUAUGAAAAUUUCCCUGAAGUCGAUAGAGUGCUGGACAAACUGAACACUUUAAAAAGCAGCCCCAAUUUCCCUUCAUUGGAAGCGAGAGGUAAAGCUGAAAUUGCCUGUUGCAUUUCUAGAAUAUCUUUUCACCAUUAUCAACGUGCCAUUGAACUUUUCAAAGAAGCUCUUCAGGUUUGCCCAAACAAUUACUUUUGGCUUUUUCGCCUGGCUCUGCUAAUUUAUCGUAGGAUGAGGAUAUUAUAUGAUAAAGAAAAGAUAGAAAAAUCUUCAAAGGAAGCUACUGAAAUUCUUCAAAGAAUUACUUCUAAUUAUCCUUGUUAUGUUAAUGAUCAUCUAAUGGCUAAAACUUUGGCUUGCUAGGCUCUCUUGAGAAUCAUCCAUUUCUUCAUAUACGUACUCCAAGAACAAUUGAAUAUUUCCAGAGGGCUUGUAGUAUGUUUCCCCAAGACCGAUUUGUAAUGGAAAAAAGUGCUACUUUCUAUUUAUCGAUAGGUAAGUAUGAAGAUGCACAGAAAUUGCUAGAGGAAGCUAUUAAAAGAAAUGAGACCUCACUUUCACAUCAUCGUCUUGGUACUAUUUAUAAAAAUCAAAUUCCUGAAUACAAAGAUUUGUGCGUUAAAGAAUUACCCUUCUCCAAUUGUGAAACAGAAGAACUAAAAGAAUUAAAAGUAGAAAAACGAAUAUUAAAAUGUCCUGAGAGAAUACCUGAUAUUGAAAGAAAUGAAAAUGUGGAUAAGGCUGAAUACCAUCUUAAAAAAGCUUACAGUCUGGAUCCUCGGAAUAUACCUGUCAUGUAUGACCUAGCCUUGUUAUACAGAAGUGUGCGCGAAUAUGAAAAUGCGAUGAAAUGUUUUGAAGAUAUUGACUUUUCAGUUUUGAACAUUUGGGACACCAAAAUCAAAUACUUCAUUCAAUAUGGAAAAUUUUGUUUUUUUCUGGCUGACAAAAAAGAAAGUGAAGAAGAGAAACAAGAUUUAAUAGAUGUUGGUACGGAUAUGUUUGUCUGUGCCAUCAAUCAUUUAUCUGAGAUUCUGGUGCUCAAUAAAAGACAGAAAAAAAUUUGGGAAAUCAAAAAGAUAAUGGAAAGAAUUUAUAACUUUGCUGACACCGAAUACAAAAGUAAUCUAAUGAAAUUAAUUCAGUCUAUAAAAGAAUUGCCUGAUGAGGGGGGAAUUUUCCCAAAACUUCUCAAAGAAUGCGGUGGAAAUGAACUUUCACAAAAAUUACGAUUGUUAUGCCGACAGGAGGAAUUUCAACAAGCUUUUCUCCAUUUAGAGUUUUCUGGUUGUCAACAAAGUGAAAUUGAUGUCGACCUGAGGAAAACAAUUUAUCUUCAAUAUGCUAAAGAGUUCUAUGGAAAGAGACAGAAGGUAGCUACGAUAAUUUUCAAAAAAUAUUACAAACUUUGCUUUGGCCAUUCCCAAGAAUCUGAACACAAAGCAGGUAGUGUUGGCUCAUCAAAGAUUCCUUUCUUUCAAUAUGAUGUCUACAUUUUAACAUCCAAAAGUGAUAAUGGUGAUGCUAAACAUCUAGCAGAGAGUUUGGGGACAUAUUUUGGAUUGCAAACUAGCUACGGAGACUCUGAUUUCACUCUAGGAAUAGGAAAAAUGGUAAAUGUUAAUAAAGUAAUGGAAGACAGCUGCCAUAUUGGAAUCUUUUAUUCCAAGGAUAUUUUAUCUGAAACGAAAUAUGCCGUGGAAAUUAUGAAAAACCGAAAACUGAAAACUGGAAAGAUUUUUCUGAUAAACAGCAAUAACAGUUCUGAGAUAGCCAAACAUUUACAAAGUUUUCCUAAUGUCGACUACAAGAACAAGAACAACAUAGAACUGUUAAGACUCUUUGAAUUGCUUUGUUCUUCAGAGAAAGAUAGAUAGAUGGAUGGAUGGAAUGGAGGACGGACGGACGGACGGACGGAUUGACGAACAGAUGGAUGGAUAGGUGGAUGCAUGCAUACAUAAAUACAUAUAUACUCUUUUCCCUUGUGUUUUCUCUUGUACUCCAUCACUACUAACUUUAUUAUCUUCUUCCCAGCUACUCACACCCUGAUAUGAGGCAGCCAUGUAUCUCUUCUAUAGCAAAACACUUAUAAUUGUCCUCCAGUCAUAGUUUAACCUCACCACACCUGGUCUAAAGACACUUCCCCCAUCUCAAAUACUUACCAUUAGUUAAGGGUUCUUUUACCUUUCCUUUUUCUGUCUUGCACGUUAUUUGGUAAUGGAACGAGCUGCCAGGACAUUCAAUAAAGGGAUUGGCAUUUGGAGCAGCACCGACCCGUAGAAAUUAUGGCAAAGCUGACAUUGGAGCGUGAUGCCGACCUGUGGCUUGCAGGAACUGGUCAAACCAUCCAACCCAUGCCAGCAUGGAAAACAGAUGUUAAAUGAUGGUGGUGGUUAUGAUGAUGAUGAUGAUGAUUACACAUGCACACACACACACAUUGACUGGAUCUUAAGAUGAUUUUAUCUCAUAUGAUGCAAGCUAAAUCUGAAUCUAAACAACUUCAGCCAUUAUGUUACUCCAAGUAUCAGUGUACCACAUCACCUGAUUUCCUCAUUUUAUAUGUUUUAAUGUUACUCAUCGUAUAAGGAAAGCUCUCAAGUGUGCCUGGCUUGCAAAUCUGCCAUCAAAUCAGUCUGCCUAUGGGCUUUGUUCAUCUUUCAUCUCUUGGAUCAUAUGGCCAUGGCAUAUGUGGAUCUCGUUCUUUCUGUCCCUCUUUCUACUGACUCUGGCAUGCCCCAUGGUUCAGUUUUCUCCCCCACUUUCUUCCCUUUCUACAUCUAUGACUUAUAUUGCCACAACAUUCCACGACCCCUACUCUUACACAGAUGACACAACCCUUCAAUACCUCCGUAACAUUCCCCAACCAUCCACUCCCACCCCAGACACCACACACCAAACCCACACUGAUGCCAGAAACAGAAACCUCAAAAGCAUCUUCCAGUGGGGCCAGGCCAUUCUUCUCUCUUUUGACAGCAAAUAAAAACAGGCAGCAUUCCUAUCAAGAAAACAUCAUUGCACCACAUCCCCUAAACCAUGAGGAGCACUCAACUAGAGCCCUCACAAUUGCUACAAAUGUUGGGUCACACUUUCAUUGAGGAUCUCUUCUAGGGUCAACAUAUGAUUAACAUUGCUAGGACUACCUCCCAACAGUUGGUUUUUGUCUUUACUGCUACACAAUAAUUUAAUCCUCUACAGAAUUGAGAUGAGGCCCACAGCUGGGGCCCUACUACUUCUGCUACUGCUGUAUAGAAAUCAUUGAGCACAUCCAGAAAAGGACCAUUUAUUGAUUGGCAAAAAAUCAUUCACAGACUCACUACAGAUCCUGCCCACACAGACAUAUGUAUUGUGUCUUCCCUUUGUCAUUUUUACCAAUUCUGUAAUGAUCUCUGCUAUGCAGAUCUAGCUGAUCUCAUGCAUUUUUGUGCCUCUUGUCUUUCCAUUCCUUCAAUUCCUCCCUAACAUUCCCCAACAAUACAGCAUCCACUCACAACCCCUCCCCCACUUCUCCACUGACCAGCAUCCCCAUUGCUGUAUACACCCUACCCUUACCAGGCUCCACACUUAGUCAUUCGCCCCUAGAAUAUCUGCCCUUUCGAAUCACAUCCCUGCUCAUUUCUUUCCUACAAGUUCCACAAACAACCUCAAUCUCAUCAGCCUAGGGAGCCCAGCAAAUACCUUUGGCUCUGCCUCUUCCUCUAGACAAUCCUGAUCACCCAAAUAUUUACAGGUUUCUACAAAGCCAAUCUCCAGUUUACUGUGGGUUUGACAAAAAAAGUGACCAAGGGGUGUCUGAAACUCAACACCCGUGGACAUAUUUACAAAGUCAGAAAGCAGCACAGCUCCCAUGACUUUCAGAAACAUUUUUUCACGUUAAGAGUUGCUGAACAAACUGCC